AUGGCGACUUCACCCGCUGGCCGUAUGCUCUCCCGGCAACUGCAACAAAUGCAGUCCGAUAAGGACAUCCCGGGGAUCAGCGUUGGUCUGGUCGAUAGCAAUGUGUUCGAGUGGGAGGUGAUGCUCAUGAUCUCCGACGACGUCAAAUUAUACGGAGGUGGUUUCUUCCGCGCUCGCCUCUCUUUCCCGCAAGAAUACCCGCAUAUGCCGCCGAAAAUGAAGUUCGAAUCCUCCGUCUUCCACCCGAACAUCUACCCCAACGGCGAAGUCUGCAUCUCAAUCCUACACCCACCCGAGGAGGACAAAUACGGCUACGAAUCUGCAGCGGAGCGCUGGUCGCCCGUACAAACCCCCGAGACUAUCCUGCUAUCCGUGAUCUCGAUGCUGUCCAGCCCGAACGACGAGAGCCCGGCCAAUGUGGAGGCGGCCCGAUUGUGGAGGGAGGAUCCGGCGGAAUUUAAGAAAAGCGUGCGCAGGUGUGUGCGUGAGAGUCAGGGUGAGGAGUAG